UUGGAGUCGGUAGAAAUGUGUUCCUGUUUCAGGACAGUUUCUAUAAAACUGAUAGGAAGAAACUCAUCAAGAGCAACUUUUGUCUCAGUUUGCUCCGUCCUUCUGGAUCAGCGGUGGCGGUCUGAAGUGCCGUCAGAGUUCCUGUGCUGCCCUCCAGAGCGUCCUCCACCCGUCACUCCGGAUCUGGGACAGAUGGGUCCUCUGGUGGCCGUCCCCAUCCUGGCCGGCCUGAACGGCGUCCUGGGCAUGUGGGCCGUGUUUGGAGUGGCCUGGUUGAGUGGGACCGUGACCCUGACAGAGCAUUUUCCAUACAUCAGUACGUGUGGAGACCAACCUCCUGCUAGCUGCUGGUUCUCUCAAGUCUGCAACAUCGGCUGUGUCCUUGCUCUGAUAUUCGAGACUCUGCGGUUCCGACGUCUGAAGGAUUGUCCAAAGUGCUCCAGCCGUCUCAACAUCGCCAGCUUCAGUUUGGGAAUCAUCUCCUCCGUGGGAUUAUCCAUCACCGGAAACUUCCAGGUCUCAUCCAUCAAAUCGGUUCAUUACAUCGGUGCGUUUCUGGGGUUUGCUGGUGGCCUGGCCUACCUCUGGAUUCAGCUGUUGCUCAUCAGCAACUGGAUCCUGAAAUAUUGCGGAUACGCUCUCUGCUCCGUCUGCACUGUUCUGCUCUGCUGCCUGGUGGGCUUCCAUCACGCACGUCGUUACCACGCUGCCGCCAUCUGUGAGUGGACGCUGGCCACGCUGUUCUUCCUGCUCUACCCGCUGUUUGUGUUCGAGUUUGCAGACAUUAAAUGCAAACUCACCAUAAAGUCCUUGGGUUGUGGACAGCACGGGUCCACCGAGCCUCAGUACCAACCAGGAGACUCAGAUUCAGCAACGCCGCUCUGACGACCCGUCUCUGUUACCAUGGAAACAUUCCUGCUUCCUCCAUCUCAUAGGAACAAAACUAAUUUACCUGAAAGUCUUUAACUGUGUUUAUUCCUCUAAUCAUCAACAAUAAGUCCUGAGAAUUUGGUAGCAUUUGCUCUUUAUUUGCCAGAGAUAUGAGGGGGGAACCAUAUAUUUUAGCCACCUGAAAUAAUCCGCUCCCCCUGCAUAAAAUGGGAACAAAUUAAUUUAUUACCAGCAAGUCUUUAACUGUGUUUAAUCUUCGUUUUAUGAACAACAAGUUCUGUAAAUAUGGUAACAUUUGCUCCUUAUUUGCCAAAGUUAUGAGGGGGGAACCAUAUAUUUUAGCCACCUGAAAUAAGCUAUUCCCCCUCCAUAACAUGGGAGCUAAUAAUUUUUUCACAAACUUGUUUAUUCCUCUCGUCCUAUAGGUUUGGAGACAUUGGCUUUUUAUUUUCCAAAGUUAUUAUGGGGGAACCAAAUAUUUUUGCUGUCUGAAAUAACCUAUUCUUUGUAUGGGGAACAGAUUAUUUCAGGUGACUAUAAUAUUUGGUUCCCCCCUCAUAACUCUGGCAAAUAUUCAGUAAAUAUUACCACAUUUACAGGAUUUGUUGUUCAUGAAGAGAAGAUUAAACACAGUGAAGGACUUGCAGGUAAUUUUUUUCCCCAUGUUAUGGAGGGGGAACGGACUAUUUCAAGUGGCUAAAAUAUAUGGUUCCCCCUCAUAACUUUGGCAAAUAGUGAGCAAAUUUUUUCAAACUUACAUGAUUUAUUGUUAAUGAUGAAAGGAAUAAACAAAGCUAAAGACUUGGUAGUAAAUUAAUUUGUCCCCAUUUUAUGGAGGCGGAACAGAUUAUUUCAGGUAGCUGAAAUAUCCAUUCUCUCCUUCCCCCAUAACUUUGGGAAAUAAAGAGCAACUGUUUCCAAAUUCUCAAAUUAAGAUUAUUCCAAGAUUAAUAAAUUACUGGAUUAAGAAAUUUCCUUAAUCCAGUAAUCUGUCAUAUUUUACAUUAGGACGGGAUUUUCCAGAAAGUCGACACUCUCAUUUUUUCAGGAAGUCUUGUUUUUUGGUGCCCUGCUAUCAGCCAGUUCCAUCCUCUUAUAUCAGAAAAGAAAAAUGAUAAAUACACACGUGUUGGAAAACUGUGUUUGGUGACUGACUUUUAUUUGGAAGAAUUAAGUGUGAAAAGUAGGGAAAAGACAGAUUCAUUUAGUGUUUAAAAUAACACAAAACAGUGUAAGAAAACACAAGACUUCGUUUAUUUAUUUAUUUUACAAUUUUGCUAGCUGCCGAUUAAACUGAAAGUUAUAACCUUGACAUGAUUAUAUGAGAUGUUUUACCGAGAAAUCCAUCAGGUUUGGUCAGAUCCGCCUCUCUGGCUGCAGUGCGCGCUCCCGACAUAGGCGGGCAGAGUUUCACAAAGUGUUGUGGAGAAAUGUCCAGGGUCCAGAUUAGGUCCUUCGUUGGGUUCCACUCCGGCUCUCGCACUGCGCUCUCCUUUCUGUCAUGUGGGAAAUUAUCCAGAUUCGUCUCAAUUUUUAUUUUUUAUCACAGCCGAUAGUGACACCGUGUGGCAUUAUGUAAAAUGACACCAGUCAAACCAAUAUGAUCAACAACUACUGGGGUAAAUUAGCCUUCCUGUGUUUACUCUGUAGACUCCGGUACAGAAUGGACCUGAUGACGUCAUCAACCCAUCGGUGAAAAAAUAGCGACUUCCAUGGGUGACAAAUGUAACAAAAGAUGUAUAUUUCUGAAGUAAUUAUGAGUUUAAGAGUAUCACAAACAGCAUUUUUUUAGUUAAAUUAAAACAUAUUUAGGCCAACAUGUUCUACUAGUCCUGGAUCCUUUCAAGAAAUAAUCAGCAGGAUGG